AUGUCGCGGAUGCUGAGGUUGGUCGAGAGAAUCCGAGCAGCGGCUUCAACUUCUACAAACUCCUUCACCAUUAGUACUGCUCAACACAAUACCAACAAUCUUCCCAAUAACGUAGUCACGGGACAGAUCUUACCCACGUCGAGAAACGAAGACUUUGGGGUCGUCGUCGCACAGGACUACUCCAACGGCACCGCUGCUGCUUCUUCAGACUUCUUUGGAGCUCAAGUAGUAUCUCCGCCGGUUUCUGACUUUACCACCGAUUACUACAAUUUUCCGGCCACCAAUUGUACUGAUGGGUUCCAAUCAGGAUCUGUACAAGUCAGCUAUGCAGAUUUCUUAACCAGUCCAACUGGGUACUUCAACAAUGGAUUGGAUUUCCAAGCUAUUGGUCAACAAAAUUUAUCGGUCAACCUGUUUUUUCUGCAAGGCCCAUCCGGAUGA